UAGAACACUCUCCUGUAGUUCUGGCUCCGGAGACGCGCUGGACGCAGCGGACUGUCCCGGCUCCUCUCGAUGGUUCACCGCAGCCCGGAGGAGGGACAAACCUUCCACCGCUGCCCGGAAAUCGGUGCCCAGGAGCCGCACACACUCUGAUAACUGUAAGGCUUUGCUGCUUUGCCAACUUUCACGUUAUAAAAAGAAAGGGAAAACAUCAAAGGGAACUCCAAGCAAAACCUAUCGGAGCCUCUCCGCGUCUCUGCCCGCCGAGCGCUGCCUCUGCUUGGACUUGAUCAGCACGCGAGAUCGCCGAGAUUCCAGGGACUUAUCCGGAUCAUCUGCUCACUUAUUCAGAUGAAACUAUUCACCACGAACUGGUUUACACUGUAAACUACUCGGAAGUGUGAACCAGUCAGUGGACAGCCAUGCUGAAGCCGGGCGACCCGAGCGGUUCGGCCUUCCUUAAGGUGGACCCGUCCUACCUGCAGCACUGGCAGCAGCUGUUCCCUCAGGCUCAGCUAAAAGCUCCUCUGGCUCCUCCGCCGCCCCCACCUGACCGUCUCUCCAUCCCUAUUGACACCAUGCGCCCGUCCCGCCUGCAUAGCCACCUCCUAGCUUCCACGCACUGCACUUCUUCCUCUUCUUCUUCCUCCUCCUCUUCAGCAGCUUCUUCUUCAGCAGCAGCAGCAGCCGCAGCAGCCGCAGCGGCAGCCCUCACUCCGUCCACCUCCAUCUCCAUUUCCACCAACGCAGGGCUCUCUCAGCUGCCUGUGCCCCAGCAGAUCGCACUUUUUGGGCAGGCAUUGGCCCCAGUGUGUGCUGGACCUGGAGGUCCUGGAGGAGGAGGAGGAGGACCAGGAGGAGGCGGAGGAGGAGAUCUAGUGGUGGUGGUCCCUCCAGAGAACCCGCAGGGGCUCAACCCAGCAGCUGGGCUCCUCCAUCAGGCCAAAGAGCAGAGCUGCGGAGGGGUGGGGGUUGGAGUGGUGUCGUCCAGCGUGAAGAGCAGCAGCAGUGGAGGCAGCGAGGAGGGCGGCAAAGGGACCGUGACGAGGUUCAAGCUGACGGCAGAGGAGCUGGACUACUAUCUGUACGGACAGCAGAGGAUGGAGAUCAUCCCGCUGAGCAACCACACGGGAGAGCUCAACAACCGUUGUGACAUGUGUGCAGACAACAGGAACGGUGAGUGUCCGAUGCACGGCCCUCUUCACUCUCUGCGCCGGCUCGUCGGCACCAGCAGCACGGCAGCACCUGUCACCCUACCAGACAUCCCUGAUUGGCUGAGAGACCUGCCCAGAGAGGUGUGUCUGUGCACCAGCACAGUUCCUGGUCUGGGUUACGGAAUCUGUGCAGCUCAGAGGAUCCCUCAGGGAACCUGGAUUGGCCCGUUUCAAGGAGUCCCCCUGAUGCUGGAAAAACUGCAGUCUGGAGUGGUCAGGAACACCCGACACCUGUGGGAGAUCUACGAUUCAGAGGGAACGUUACAGCACUUCAUCGAUGGUAAUGAUCCCAGUAAAUCCAGCUGGAUGAGGUAUAUUCGCUGUGCGAGACACUGUGGGGAGCAGAACAUGAUGGUUGUACAGUACAGAUCCUGCAUCUUCUACAGAGCAUGUAUGGAUAUCCCCAGAGGAACAGAGCUGCUGGUUUGGUACAACGACUCCUACACCUCGUUCUUCGGUAUCCCGCUGCAGUGCAUCGCCCAGGAUGAAAACUUAAAUGUCCCAGCCACAGUGGUGGAGGCCAUGACGAGGCAGGAAUCCCUCCAGUCCUUCAGCAAAAACGGCAAACCCUCUUCCUCAUCCUCUUCAUCGUCCUCCACUCCGUCCUCCACCCUCAUGCGCUCCAUGGUCUUCCCCCACUCCCCCUGCCCUCGGAGUUUCUCCUUGUUGGAUAAGGUUGGGGUUCAGUCGGACUCCAGUUUUGGCCAGUUGGGGUCAAAGAACCAGAGAGUCCUGGCAAGUCCCACAUCCACCAGCCAGCUUAGCAGUGAGUUCAGCGACUGGCACCUGUGGAAAUGUGGCCAGUGCUUCAAGACCUUCACCCAGAGAAUCCUGCUCCAGAUGCAUGUCUGUCCGCAAAAUCCUGACCGACCAUACCAGUGUGGCCACUGCUCCCAGUCCUUCUCUCAGCCUUCAGAGUUGAGGAACCAUGUAGUGACGCACUCCAGCGACCGACCUUUCAAAUGUGGAUACUGCGGCCGGGCCUUCGCUGGCGCCACGACGCUCAACAACCACAUCCGCACACACACAGGAGAGAAGCCGUUCAAGUGCGAGCGUUGCGACCGCAGCUUCACACAGGCCACUCAGCUCAGCCGCCAUCAGCGACUUCCCAACGAGUGCAAACCCGUGAACGAGACCAGCGAGUCCAUCGAGGUGGAUUAACCCCCGACUGUUUCCCGACUUAGACCACGUCCACAUUAAGACAGUUCAAUAUGAAAAUGUGACUCUUUCUUCAGUUUUGGACCUCCAUCCACACCAAGACGCUCACUUCAUAUUAAUUCUAAUUUAGUUUUCCAGAAAUAAAGCUCCUGAGGAGCAUCACUGUGUUAAUUGGGUCCAACCUGCACUAAAUUAAACGUGUGGAUUAAAAAUAAAGUUUGCGAAUUCCAGGAGUUUCCAGGGAUAAACAACAAAAUGGUAAAUAUUUUUGGGCAAGUAUCAUUUCAGUGUAGUGUGAGAGUCACUUUGGUCUUAUUUAUGAUCACAUUUGCUUCACCUUUCCUUGCUUUUAAGUUGAUGACAACACCUUAAGUUACCACAGUAAUGCAAUAACAGCUUUCCAACAAGCUCUAAACCAAACAACAUGAGAGGAAGUGUCAUGGUUGUUGUAACUUUUCAGUCGUGUUGACCCACCUGACUGCGGUUGAAGUAAAAAACUUGCAAACACACAGAGAAAAGCUGCUGGUUGUGGCAUUUAUGUCCAAACUCUCCACCAGUCAUUGUUAGCUUCCUUCAUCUAUUAGCUGAAUAGAUCAACCCAUUUUAACGGACACGAUACGGCUUUAUUUAUUUAGCACCAAAUCAUAACAAAAGUUGCAUCAAAGCGCUUUAUAUUGUAAGGCACAGAUCCUAAAAUAAUACAGAGAACACCCCAACAAUCAGAUGAUCCCUAUGAGAAAGGCAACAGUGGGAAGGAAAAACUCCCUUUAAACAGGAAAAACACCUCUGGCAGAAGCAGGCUCAGGGAGCUGGCGCUGUCUGCCGUGACCAUUGCAGACUUUUUUUGAUGAUGGGAAGAAGAGUCAGUGUAUGAUAAAUAACCAGCUCCUAAUAUCAGAUCCUCACUUUGUAGCUGAUUCUGGAUCAGGAUGGUUUUCCCUGGAGGUCUUAGCUGAUGCCAGCAGAGGGAGUUAAAUGUGUUGGUCCCCUAAUAAAUACCAACUAUUGCUUUUUAUUUGGGCUCAUUUUUGGGCCUCUCUCUCUCCUGAGUGAUGCAGUGUCAGGUGACCAUUAAAAAAACAGUUAUUUUAACUGUCACCAGAUUUAUAUCAGGAUAUGUCCAGUGUUUCUGAAAACACACAGUAGAGGUCACAUGUCUCUGCAAACAAACUGAAUGCUCUUUAUUAAAGCACACAGGAAGAGAGGGAACAGAUUUCAUGCUUUCCCGAUGUUUCUGUGUGGAUGGGGGUCUUUACUUAAGACUUUUUUCAGAUUUAUCUGUCUUGGUGGGAACGUUUGUCUGACUGUUUACACUUUUGACUUGACUGACUGAGAAUUCUGGAGAGGAGCAGCAUUCAAGCCACAUUCACCCUGCUGGAGAAACUCCUGAUUCAACCAAACCAAAGAUCUCUUUUCUUUCCUUCUUUUUUUCUCAGCAGAGAUUCAGACGGAGGAGUCGGACUAACAAACUUUUGAAUAUUUAUUGGGGACGUUUUGGAAUCCACAACAGGGUUCCCUCCAAAGAAAACUCUUUCCUGAAACCGGGACAAUAACAAUGAAAUACCAAAAAUAUUAAGACUAAUGGUCUGUCUGUAGCUUUACUUCUUUUUUUCUUUUUGCAACAGUGAUGCCAAAGGAGGGCGCGACCAAAGCAAACAGUGAGCAACGACUCGAACGUCUGAGGAUGACGCUCGAGUUUUACAUCACAAAAUGAACACCAUACAAAGAGUAUGUACUGUAAAAAAACAAAACAAAAAACAGACAAAAAAAAGAAAGGACAAAGGAAACAAAUUAUAUUUAUCUUUUUCCUCAUAUCAUGCUUCAGGCACUUUUGUUUUAAAAUGUUUAUAAUUUAAUAUUAGAGAUGAUGAAGAAAAGAGGGAAAUAGUGCAGAGGUGAUGGAUGUGAUUUCUUGAAAUUUCUUUUUUCUUGAUGAAAUAAUCAUUUUUUAAAAAGUUUCAAUAUGAAGUUGACAGCAUGUGUUUAAUUUCUUUUUCGUAUGCUAAACAUUUCUUAAGUUCAUGGGUUGUUGUUUUUUUAUCUCAGAUGAGGCACAAACAUGUUAACAAAUUUUGGGUUUUGAAGAAUAGUUUAUCAUGUUGUCUGGUAGAGUAUAUUUGCUACGCAAUGCAAGUUUGAAUCCACUCAGAUCUCAGCUGUGUAAAUAGUCCUGUGUCAUAACGAUUCACUUUCUAUUAAAACGACUGAGGGUAAAAAGCACAUUUAAUACCAGAUGAACACCAAAUAGGUUUUUGUGCCUGAGCGUUAAAAAAGCUUUAAUAAUGUUAAUAAUCUGAAAACUGUAGCUUCUCUUUCCAAAGACCGGCCGAGUGGAUGUAACUCUGCUGUCCAAACCAAAACUCAAACAGAUGUUUCACUGCAGGGAAACUAUUUUAUUUUUUAUCACAUGCGUGUCUCAGAGAGGUCAGGAGCACCUUUAGACCUCACACAGGCCUGGAGAAAUUGGAAAAAUGUUUAUUCCCCAACCAGUUGGUGAAGGCUGACGACAGAAUCAUCGCUAAAGUCACACAGGCCUACAAACCAGUGAGAAUCCACCUGGAAACCACAGGUUACCAGAGAAAAACCCCACACUGGUUGGUGGACAUUGCUACACCAAACACGCCCUUGGGAUUCCUCUGACCUCUAUCAGGUUACUGCUCUCAGCUGUAAAUUGUGCAGAAAACCAAAAGGUGUGAUGCAAACCAGAAACUAGUAAAAAAAACCAUGAAAUUAGUGCUGACACGGCAUAUUUCUAAAGGUGAAAACUGUUAUUUUUGCAGGUGAAUGGUUCUAUUUCUUUCACUAUUGAUUGACAACUGUGUUUACAGACACAUCUUCUGUGCAAACUGCAGGCAACAGAAGCAACCUGCUAGUGACCAAAGCAAUGAGGAGGAUUUGGUGCAGCACCCUGUUAGCAUCCAACUUCACCUAGCAACUGGCAGCCUCCAGCCUCUGCAAUAAAGAUAAUAAAUCCAGAUGUUUGGGCAGUCGAGCAUCUGGACAGAGGUGCCCCUCAAACUCUUACAGACUCGUUUGUGUUCUUAAAAGUAAAACAGUUUUGCACCUGAGAGAAAUAUCUCUUUACUCAGAAUGCAGCUUGAUCCAACGAUGUAUAUAGAAAGAUGCAAACUGUGGAUCAGUUGGGACUAAAGUGAAACUUUGACCAAGCUCACUUCUUGUUCAGAAUCCAGAAGCUGGACUUUAACACUAUAACCUGAGAAAAGUGUAGCUCCAACAGAUGUUUCUAAUUAAAUAGGUAAGUAUUCUAAUAAUAAUUUAGGCAAUAUAAAGAUUUACCUUCUGUGUUCUAAGUCCUACUUCUGACAUUUUCAGUGUUAAACUCUGAUGAUGACCUGAACAGAAAGUGAAACUUACUUGGGGCCUCUGAUGAUGAUGAUGAUGAUGAUGAUGAUGAUGAUAAUCAUUUGCUCUGUAAUGUGAAACAGAAAGUCUCCAAUUUCAGCUCAAUCUUGUUUGCAUGAUUCCCUCAGCUCCCCUCCCUCCUCCCAUUCCCAUUUUUUAAAAAGAUUGACAAAAUGAGAUCAAAUAGCAAAAAGACGUUGUUCCAGAGGAAAAUAAAGCUGACAUCCACUUUUGAUUCUUACCCAUGAUGCUCUCUGUGAUCUUAUUGUCUUACAUCACCUGCACUACAUUAACUUUCUGGGGAUGACAGAAAAAUGUAACCACUUUUAUGUCCACGGCAAUUUGUUGAGCUUGAAAUUUGUCUUGUUUACAACAAAAAUUGACACUGCUUUCAUCUCUGCACAGAAAAUAUUACUACUGUGAGCCGACUUGGCUUAAGGCUCUUUCCAGAAGUGAGUCUCUCCAAAUGUCCUGUUAUAGAGCAGAAAUAACUGGUCUGGUACAAAAAUGAUUUUAGCCUCUUGUAACAUCAUCGUUAUAGAAUUUCUUUGUUGUCUUUUUUAUAACUCAUCCAUCUGGAUUUAUUGCUGCUACAUUAUAUUUACAGAUGAUAUGAUUUACUUGUGAAGGAGUCCAAAAAGUUUGUCCUUGAUGGGGAAGGUUCUCUUUUCCAUUAAUUAAAUUUAAAUUAUGUUUAUGAAAGUAGCUUUAGCAAUGUAAAAAAAAAUGACUGAAGGUGUUAUUAGCUUGCUAUCAUUAGCUGAAAAGUUUUUUACUGUAUCUAACAAAUAUGAUCACUUAUGGCUCCCAAAAACGGCAUGAUCAGUGGUCAUGAUGGUAACAUUGAACCUUCAAAAUGUAUCUAGAAAGAAAAGGGUUACAUCAUGAAGACCCCAGCCAUCUUUUAUAUACAGUCUUUGGUGUUUACCCUACAUGUAUUGGUGCUGUCAGUUGUCACUGUCAAACCUUUAAGUGGUCACAGAGGUGCUGAUCAGACGAGAAUCGGAUAUUAAUCAGAUUAAAACGAUUCCUGUUCCCAAAUUCCAUUUUUAAAUAAUUUCUGAAGUUUUUCACCUUCACACGGCUUAAAUAUUUUAUCUUCUUGCUACACAGGAUGGUCCAUCCCUCAAUCACCAGCUGCCUCUACUUACUGCUAAUAAUGUGUGACACACACAGCCCUGCCUUGACCUCCUCUCUGUCAGUCUGCAAGCUGCAUUUUCAAACUUUCCAGUCUGAUUUCUGAAAUUAUUCCUGUGAGGAUUCAACAAAAUUUUACCAAAACAAACACAAGGCGAGCCUUCAGACAUCACUCACAGGGAUUUUUUUUUCACCGUGGGAAACUGAUCCAAACUCUGAAGCCAAACAAAUGAUCCCACAACGAGAAGUUUGAGGAGUUUUUUUCCCCCCACUUUCUAAAUGUCUGACAGACACAUGAGUGAGUCAAGAUUAGAUUACACGUAAUGAGAUUAUGGCAGCGAUAGUUUUAAUUAGAAGCAGUUAGUGUGAAGGAAGAAAAACAAACGUAUAGAAACUGCUGACUGAGAGACGAGAGAGAGGAGGAAAACUGUUCAGUUUCAUUUGUUUGAACAAGUGAAAAAUGAACAAAGACAUUAAAUUCCCAGGAAGAGGAAAAAAAGAGAAGAAUGCCUGAUUUAUGACCUCAGCCUAAAUAAUUUAAAACAUCCCCAGCUGAAAGAGAAUCCAGAUUAUGCAAUGAGGAAAAUCAGAAAAAAGGGAAAUUGCACACUAAUUAUAGCAAUCGCUCAUUUGGAAAUGAGUUGAAAUGAAGGGAAAAAAGUUGUUAAUGUACAACAGGAUGUAAAUUAGACUAUAAACAGAGUACUUGUAAUAGAAAUCAGGUUACUGUGACCCAAGAACAACUUAAUGAGCAAUAAUGAAACUUUACUAUUACAAGCUUUGCUUAACAUCAAAGGAGGUAAUAAUAUUAAACUUUUUUUUUAUUAUAAAAUGAUAAUAAACAAAACAUGUAACAAACAGAGAGAAAACUACCAAAAAACAACACUGAAGAAAAUAAAAACACUAAACUACAAAACGGGAUCGAAGCAUUGCAGGUUUAGGCAUCACAGCCUUCAGGGCUGGAAAACCAAAGGUGCUCUAAUGGGGGCUUAGACUCCCAAAGUGAGUCCAUCUCCACAGACCCCUGUCAUAAAUGUCCAGUUUUAAGUUUAGGGCCGUGUCCUCUUUGACAGGCAGGUGGAUGCUGAGACAUGUAGCUGCAGCUGCUAGCACUUUGUGUUUGCCAAGUCAGUGACUGAAUCAGACUUUUAAACCAGGUUUGUGCUGUUGAUUCAUUUUGGAGUAUUUUUAAUGCAAUCAAAUGACAAUCUGGUUUGCUUUGUGACUCAUUUUACUACUAACCCAUUCUCUUGAGGUCCCAUCACAGCAUUUUGAUCGGGUUGAGGUCUGGCCCACUGAACAACUUGAUUCUUUUUAUUUUCAGUCAUUUUGUAGAUUUCUGUGCUUAACUGUAACGGGUAAUGUCCUGUUGCUUGACCCAUUGUCAGCCAAGCUUCAUUUGUUAGAAAUGGCAUUCUCUAAAACAGCGGUCCCCAACCCCCGGGCCUCGGACCGGU